GGGGCCAGGGAUGAUGGGAGUCGGGGGGCUCACCUUCUAGGGACCCCUGAGCCGCGUUGGGGAUGCGUGGGUGCAAACCAGGGACGCCCCCGGACGCGCGGCUGGAGGCACGUCCCCGCCGCACCCUCUACCCUGGGGGAUGUUGGGGUGGGGGUGGCCCCAAGUUUCCCGCUGCUCCGCCCCUCUAGCCAGGAGCGACUUCAGGGUAGCGAUCCCCCAAUUUCCUACUGCUUCUGCGUCGUUUCCCCUCUUGGUGGGGGCGGUGAAACUCGGGGUCCUCACGGAAUUGAAGCUGGUUGCCUUUGAGCAGUUGCCGGGCUGCUUUUGCGGGGGGCAUUCUCCCUCCACACAGACUCCUCUGUCCUCCGAACCCCCAGAAUUGAGGUCGUUCCUUGCCACAGACUCCUGGGAUCCUAGGGGAUAUGGGGUACCCCCAAACUGAGCCUUCCCAGAUGUAAGUUCCUUGGAAUGGGGAGCCAGCUUCUGAAUUCAAGAGAAGCGAGAUCCUUUUUAACUGGACCCUUCUGGCACAGGCUCCCGAACCUUGGGUUCCCAAGAAAUAGGCUGGGGGAGUUCCUCUUUCAGAGGCUACUUGGGAUCCUUCCCAGGGACCUUUCUGUAUCUUUUGCAAAGUAGAGUUGCCCCCUUUAAUACCAGGGAAACAGCCGGACCACUUCCCAAAGUCUAGCCCCUCACCUCAGUCCCUGUGACCCUGGGACGGAGGGGGGACCCACCCAAGCCUUAUUUUGUGAAGCCCCCCGUGGAGGGCGCGCUGCUGGUUCCGUGCAAGCUGCGCUGGCGGCCCGCCCUGCCGCAGUGCCCCGCGGGUCAUCCCGGGCGGAGGAGGUUUUUCUGAGUUCGUCUCCCAGCAGGUGCCGUUCUGCAGGGGCAGCAGGGAGCCUGUGUCCUGGGUCCACUGCCAGGGAGGGGUCCUAUCUGGCCAUGUUUUCAUGGGACCUGGGGAAAUGUUCCAGACCCUUAGCCUCCCCUGUCCAAUCUGAGACCUCCAGGAAGCCUCACCCCCUUCCCUCCUCCCUGGCUUCGUGGGUCUGAUUGGAUCCAUCCACACAGCCCCCAUGUUUAUUACCUCCCCAAGCCGUUCGCCGCCCCCCAACCCCCGCCCUCCCAUUCUAUUCCAGGCUCUGGCUCUGGGCCUGCCAGGGAAGUCCAUCCCACCCCUUCUGGGCCAUCCCCAGCCCAGCCCCGCCCUGUGCCCCCUCCUGGUUGGGUGGGGGGGCCCCUCCUGGGCUGAGCUGGGGUGCUCCCUCUCCCCACCCAAGCCCAGCCCUUUCCUGUGGUGUCAUCCCGGUGCUGCUCACCACUCACUCGUAACUUGCACCCGGACCCCAGCCACACUCCGUCCCCUCCUGCACCCCUAAGGAUGGCACUUGGGCCAAAAAGAGGCUGGGUGAUGGGAGGCUCUGCAGCUUGUCCAAAGUCACGCAGCUAGUAAGUAAUGCAUCGAGAUUGGAACCCUGAACUAGAAGAACCAGCCUCUAGUCUAUUUAACAGAAAGGCCAGAGACCCAGGCAUCUGUGCAGCCAGUGAGAGGCCCACACUUCCUGUCAAAAGAACAUCCGGAGCUGGAAGGAGGGUCCCGUUGCAGCCACCAGCUGGCUCCUUCUACGACGGACGGAGAAGUCUGCCACAGAGAGGAUUCCAGAGCCCAGCUGCCUGGGAGGUGGGGGGCGGCCCCAGCCUCCUGUUCCCACUCCCUGUUCCCUCUGUCAGGGGCCCCUAGCUGAAUGAGGCCCGCCCACCCCCACCCUCUGGGCAGGAAGACAAACAGGGCUGGAACAGAACAGGACAGGACGGAAUGUCCUCUGGGCAGAGCAGGACUGGAGGCCCCUGCCCCCCACCAGCCAGGAGGGAGGGGAUGGGGUGAUUGCUGGCUUCCUUCACCUCUCCACCCAGCCUGCCCCCUUCUGUGCCUCCUACACCCUUGCACGGAGGAGUGUUCUCCCCACCACAGCCAGCUGGAACAGUCCCCUCCCCUCCCCUCUCCCCUUCGUGCCCUUGGGUGGAGCAGCAGGUCUCCUGCUGGGGGUGAGGUUGAUGUCACCCCAGAAGUGGCCUCUGGCUUUUAGGAAGGGAUGGCCUCCCCUUCUGGAGUCAGCUUCCAUAGGGCGAGUCCCAAGGGAGGAAUUAGAGAAGGCAGGCUUCAGAACCUCACUACCUAGGUUCGAAUCCCAGCUCUGGCAGUUACUGGUUUUGUGACUUUUCAGGCUCAGUUUCCCCUUUGUGAAAUGGAGGUCUAAAGUGUUCAUCACCUAAGGGCCCCUGGGGUUGAGUGAGUACACACAGGCAAGUACUCAGCACAGUGCCAGACACAGGAAUGCUUAGCAAGUUAUUAAUGGUUUUAUCGAUAUAAAUAUAGAUAAGAUUAUAUGUACUAUAUGUGAUAUACUCUUUUUAAAAAAAGUAUAGAGUGUGGAUUCAGACAGCUCUGGAGUUUAACUUUUUAGACAGUGGCAAAAACAGCACUAAAACCUGGAGCCAAAUCCAGGGCCAUUGCACAGAGCAAGUUGAAGACUUCAAGGCGGAGCGGUAUUCCGACCCCGGCUUCACUCCUUACGAGCAAGCACCGCACCUUUCUGUACCUUGUUUUUUUCUUCUGUUCGAUGGGAUAAUGUUACUACCUUCCUUCUAGGGUGGUCUGAGCUCUAAGUAGGUUAAUAUAAGUUACACACAAGGCACAGGGACUGACAAAAUAGGAGAAGCUGGGUAAGUGGCAGGUACUUCUGACAAAAUGAUACUCACCCUUGUACCCCCAACCCACAUGCCGAACUCAGGCACUGAACUGGAUUAAAAAGUAGGGGUGAGUGGUUAGCUGUUGGCUGGACAGAACCUGGGGUUGGUUUGCUGUCACCCUGGCAGGGCCCCUGUUGGUGAGCCGUUGGACUUUGAGAUCUGUGCUCCAAGAUUCUGAGGACUCAGCCCAGCUGGAGGGGAAAGGGCAAGAGAGGGGGUUCUGGGAGACAGGGGCCCUAAAGGCUGUACGCAUCUUCUCCCUCCCCUGGCUCCGGGCCAACUCGGCCAGCCCCCUCCCAGCAGGAGGCCUCCCUGUCCCCCAGGCGUCCCAAGCCCGGGGAAUAAACAGCAGAUAAGUCAGGGAGGGGACAGCGGCCCUGGGCACGCCUUGGAGAGGAGCGAGGCGCCGGGGGGCAGCGUGGGCUGGCGCAGGCACAAAUAAAACUCGAGGCUAGGAGCGCCUCUCGAGUAUAAACCUCCCAGGUCCAGAGAGCUCCGGGAGCAAGCCCGGGCCACACAGCGUCUGUGCAGUAGCGGCCCUGCCCUCUGUGAGCCCGGGCUCCAUGUGGCAUCACUCCACGUUCUUGGCCCAUCCAACUCUUUCCCUUCCGGGGGCGCCGCCGGCGAAUGAUGCCGGUGCCCCCAGGUCGAGCACAGAGCUGCGCAAGGAGAAGUCCCGGGAUGCGGCCCGCAGCCGGCGCAGCCAGGAGACCGAGGUGCUGUACCAGCUAGCUCACACGCUGCCCUUCGCGCGCGGCGUCAGCGCACACCUGGACAAGGCCUCCAUCAUGCGCCUCACCAUCAGCUACCUGCGCAUGCACCGCCUCUGCGCCGCAGGGCAGUGGAACCAGGUGGGAGCAGGGGGAGAACAACUGGAUGCCUGCUACCUGAAGGCCCUGGAGGGCUUCGUCAUGGUGCUCACAGCUGAGGGAGACAUGGCUUACCUGUCGGAGAAUGUCAGCAAGCACCUGGGCCUCAGUCAGCUUGAGCUCAUUGGACACAGCAUCUUCGAUUUCAUCCACCCCUGUGACCAAGAGGAGCUUCAGGAUGCCCUGACCCCACGGCAGAGCUUGUCAAGAAAGAAGCCAGAAGCUCCCACCGAGCGGUGCUUCUCCUUGCGCAUGAAGAGCACCCUCACCAGCCGCGGGCGCACCCUCAACCUCAAGGCGGCCACCUGGAAGGUGCUGCACUGCUCUGGACACAUGAGGGCCUACAAGCCCCCUGCACAGACUUCCCCAUCUGGGAGCCCCAAUUUGGAGCCCCCCCUGCAAUGCCUGGUGCUCAUUUGUGAAGCUAUCCCCCACCCGGGCAGCCUGGAGCCCCCACUGGGCCGGGGGGCCUUCCUCAGCCGCCACAGCCUGGACAUGAAAUUCACCUACUGCGAUGAGAGGAUCGCAGAGGUUGCCGGCUAUAGCCCCGAUGAUCUGAUUGGCUGUUCCGCCUACGAGUACAUCCAUGCGUUGGACUCGGAUGCAGUUGGCCAGAGCAUCCACACCCUUCUGAGUAAGGGCCAGGCAGUAACCGGGCAGUAUCGCUUCCUGGCCCGGAGUGGUGGCUACCUGUGGACCCAGACCCAGGCCACAGUGGUGUCAGGGGGCCGGGGCCCCCAGUCUGAGAGUAUCGUCUGCGUCCAUUUCCUGAUCAGCCGGGUGGAACAGACCGGAGUGGUGCUGUCCCUGGAGCAAACGGAGCGACACUCACGCAGACCUGGCCGGCGGGGCACCCACUCUCAGAAGGAUACCCCUAAUCCUGGGGAAAGCCUUGAUGCCUCUGGUCCCCGGAUCCUGGCUUUCCUGCACCCCCCUUCCCUGAGCGAGGCCACCCUGGCUGCUGACCCCCGCCGUUUCUGUAGCCCUGAUCUUCGUCACCUCCUGGCACCUAUCCUGGAUGGGACUUCAAUAGCCGCCACCCCCAGUGCACCCCCAGCUUCCCGGCGCCCCCAAAGUCCACUUCCAGCUGAUCUCCCAGAUGAACUACUUGUGGACGUGGAGAAUGCACACAAACUCUUUGCUUCUGGGAAAGACCUUGAGGCAGUGGAGACAGAUUUAGAUAUAGCUCAGGACGUUGAUUCUCUGGAUUUGGAGAUGCUGGCCCCCUACAUUUCCAUGGAUGAUGACUUCCAACUGAACUCCAGCGAGCAGCCACCCAGGGCCUACCACAGAUCUCCAGGGGCUGUCCCCCGGCCUCGCGCUCGGAGCUUCCACGGCCUGUCACCCCCAACCCCUGAGCCAUCCCUGCUGCCCCGCUGGGGGAGUGACCCCCGGCUGAGCUGCUCCAGCCCUUCCAGACGGGACCCCACAGCGUCCUCCCCCGUGGCUGGGGCUCGGAAGAGGACCCUGGCCCAGAGCUCAGGGGAUGAGCCCGAGGGGGUGGAGCUGCUGGGAGUGAGACCCCCCAAGCGGUCCCCCAGCCCAGAACCCGAGACCUUCCUGUUGCCUCCCCUCAGCCUGAGUUUCCUUCUGACAGGAGGACCAGCCCCAGGGAGCCAGCAGGAUCCUAGCACGCACCUCCUGGCACUGAGUGAGCCCUUGGGAAAAGCAUUCCAAGCAGAGGGAACCAAGUAUGCAAAAGUCCAGAGAUGGGAGCAUAUCAUCUUCUUUGAGGAAAACACAAGGCCAGUGUGGCUGAAGCAGAGAAGAGGGGGAAGAGAGGCCUGGGCCCCUCACUGCUCUCUCUCUACCCGGAUGAGGAUGCAGCCCAGCCCAGGAGCCACUUCCAGCCCGCAGCAGGCCUGGCCCAGGCCAACUGAGCCAGCUCCUCUUCCCGUUUGCCUUCUCCUCCCCAGAAAGGACCUCAACCACACUCCAUGCCUGCAGCCAACGCACAGGAUGGGGCGCCGGGAGAGGGCUUCCCUGUCUCCUCUCAGCGGCCCCACCCUCCUCGGGCCUACCUCAGCCCCCACCCCUCUGCCCCCGGUGUCCGGGAGCUCUCUGGGGUGGUCUCAGCUCAGUGACCUCUGGGAGGGGGUCCGUGGCCCCCUCCUCCUCCUCUCAGGACUUCUCUUGGGAUUCUCAGUACUGGUUACCUCACCCCUUCCUCCAACACUCUUGGCUUUUGGGUAAUUAGGGGUGGGGGAGGUUGGGGUUCAGAUCUGUGUUUCUGGGCUCUGGGGAGUAUUGACAACCAUAAUCACAUUUUUUUCCAUUCAUCUUUCUUUUAUUCUUAUUUUUAUUUUCAUUGUUUUCAUGAUACGUCUUUACUCGCUAUGAAUUCCCCGGGGUCUAUAAGAAUGUGGGACUCUGAUCUCUCCCCCAACAUCAGGGGUCAAUGGCCGUGGGGAUUCUGGGCCAGACCUUACUCCCAGCUGCUUCUGAUUAAGCCCUUAGCCUUCCAAGAGGCCAUCCGGCUCUGCCUAACCCCUCCACUCAGGACUUCUGCUGCCCCAGCCUCGCCUGGGCACAGACUCAUUCGUGGGCUUCCAGGUAUAGCUUCCGAAGUCCUCUGCUUCCAGAUCAUACAACGUUCAAUCUUCCCUGGUUCUAGAGUGCACAACCUCCGACAUUCUCAGAUUCUAGACUGUACAACCCCCGACAUGGUCUGGUUUAGACCUCACAUCCUCCAAACACCCUUGAGUCCACUCUUAAAAUCUUCAGCUCUUUCUGGUUCCAGACCUCACAACCUCCAACUCUAUAUUCUCGUACUUCCUGGUCUCCAAAAUUGUCUGGUUCUAGGCCCUACAUCUUCCAAUUCCCUCAGGCUCCAGAGCCUAUGACCACCAGAGUCCUCUGGUUCCAGAACUUCCCCCGACAUACUCUGGUUCUAGACCUCUUCCCUAUAAACCCCUCUUGUUCUAGAUGUCACAUGCUCCCACUCCCCCCGAUUCCAGAUCUUACAACCAACCAUCUCCUCUGACUCUGGGCCCACAGCCCCACGCUUUGUAUUGGUUCUAGUCUUCCUGGUCUGUGAUACAAUUCAUUUCAAAUCCAGACUUCCUAACGCUUUGGUCCUAAACCUCAUGAUGCCCAGCUUAUUCCUUUUCAACUGUCUACACUCAAGACUUGCUUUUCCCAUCAAAAGUAGUAAAAUGAGUUUUAUGUCUUGAGCCUCUAACCAGUAUUUCCAGACCCAGGCACCACACUGCCGUUCUCUUUUGCUGUAGACCUCAUGACCUCUACCAUUCACUGGUUCUAGACUAUGCAACCUUUAGACCUUGCAAUUUCUAGUGCCCUCUGAUUCCAAAUCUGAUCUUCUCCCUUUACUCUGGUUCUAGAACUUGGUCUCAAAUGUCUUCUGAUUCUAGACCUCGUCCUAUAAAUUCCCUUGUUCUAGACCUCACAAUCCCUAGUUCUUCCUCACUCCAGAUCUUACAAGUCCAAAUUAACCUGGGUCUAGAACUCAGCCUUCAAACAUCUGCUGAUUAUAGACCUUGCCUUAUUGAUUUCUCUGGUUCUAGACCUUCCAACUCCCAACUCCUGGUUCUAGAU